UGCGCUGUGCCGCUUCUGUCAGCCAGGGCGGUGAUCUCUCUCUCGCGCGCACACUCUUUCUUUACGUCUCUCCCUCUGUGGGAAAAACCCGAGCAGGAGGAGAGCAGCAGAAAGGGGGAGGAGGCGGACUGCUUCUUCUUCUUCUUCCGAUACAGCGGCGGCGGCGGCGGCAGGAUAUUUAGAGAAAUAAAUCAAAAAGAUCCACGCGGCAGCCCCCCCCCUCCCCCGGUGCGGAGCGGCAGAGGAAGAGAAAAACCACACGGAUGUGCCUCCGAAAGCGCAGCGGAUACCGCCCUCCGGACCUUAUUAAUGCCAAGAUUUACACAGGUCCGAUCCCGGCCGAGCGAGGGGGCGAGCUGGCCAUGGGGGGAGGUCGCAGCGAGACCUCAGCACUGAGCGGGGCAGGAGGGGGGCGGGGCGUUACCACUACCCAGAAUUCCCAGCGGCCCAACGCCUGCUGCUUCUGCUGGUGCUGCUGUUGCAGCUGCUCAUGGAAUGAAGAGGAGAGACGGAGGCGGAGGAGGAGGAAGAGAAUAUCACAGGACACCAAGAUGGAAACCAUACCAAACUGUGAAGCUUGCACCAAACCCACAACGGAAGAGAUGCGGAUGUGGGCUCAGUCCUUCGACAAGCUGAUGAGGAACCCAGCAGGUCGGAAUGUUUUUCGGGAGUUCUUGCGGACUGAGUACAGCGAGGAGAACAUGCUGUUCUGGUUGGCCUGCGAAGACCUCAAACAGGAAAUCAACAAGACCGCCAUUGAGGAGAAAGCGCGCUCCAUCUAUGAGGAUUACAUUUCAAUAUUGUCGCCAAAAGAGGUGAGUCUGGACGCCCGGGUUCGAGAGGUGAUCAACAGGAAGAUGCAGGACCCGACGCCUCACGCGUUCGAAGACGCCCAGCUACAGAUCUACACGCUGAUGCACAGGGACUCCUACCCACGAUUCCUCUCCUCCAACAUCUACAAGUCGCUCUUGCACGGCGGCUCACGUACCUCCUCUGAAUCCUAGUCCCACAUCUCCUCCUCUACUGGUCCUGCGCUCACAGGAUUGAUGCCAGACCAUUUCAUGACUUCUCCAGCACACUCCUCCCUCCCAGUACAGAACUACCCAAAAAUUACCAGACUCCUCCUCAGUUCACUUUCUCAGAAUCACAAAUCUCUCUGACUACUGCCAAGACUUUCUUCUCAUGUGUUGUUUUUUCCACUCCAUAUCUUCAACUUUUACUACUGCUGCCAAGACCUCCCCUCCUCUGCUGUUUCCUCCUCUCGUCUCUUCACUCCAGUAGACUUCUGUCUUCUGUACUUGACAAAUUCAUGCAAAUUACAACUAAAAACUAACAAAUAAUUGAAAAUAUUUGUCCGGUAAUA